CAACACACAUUUAUUGAAAGUUGAACCAGUCAUACUCCUAUGGACCUGCAUCUUUUUCUACUUUGGCUAUUCAAUCCAUUGAAAGUUGAAACUCUCCCUCUCUCUCCGUGCCUUUUGAAAUUUCAAAGAAUAUAUAAAGGGAAAAAACCAAACCAAACCAAUCAAUGUGUAAUUGGCACCAAUAGAUGCAAUUCAACAUUUCCCAAAACAGAUCUCACUCUUAAAUUCACUACUCUUUCUCCCCUCACAAUCAUCAUCACCACUCAACAUUCAAAUGUGAAACUCACACAAGUUUGAUACUCAGAACUAAGAAGAAGAAGAAGAAGAAAAACUAACGUUGAAAUGGCGACGCUGCAGAAAUUCAAGCUCCUCUCGAUGCAGUGCGGCGUGUCGCAGAGCCCCACACGGAGUCCGAGGACGAGCCCGCUGGUCCAACUCCGGCGACGGAAAACAACCCUGAGGAUGCUUCUCAGCUGGAGCGCCGCCGGCCGCAGAUCUCCGCGGCGGCGUGAACCGGCGCUUCAGCGAGAGCGCCUUUUGGAGAAGAAGGGCGGGGAUCUGGUGCGGAGGCACUCACUGAAGGACCUCUUUGUGACUGCGCCACCUGGCGAAGAAGAUAUAACUAACGAGGAGAUUCAUAGAGUUGCGAACGCGGAUCUUGCCGGGUCGGGUUAUGGACCCGGGUCUCCCAGACCCGGGUGGAAGGGUUUUCGUUCCAGGCCUUUAGUGUCGAAGAAAGCUUGGCGUCCUGUUCUCCUCGCCAUCGCUGAGUAAUCAAAAAUAAACAUAGCCUUCAACAUUCAAUGAAAAUAAAAUUAGAUAAUUUCAGUGAAUCGAGUUCAACACUUCAAGUUUUAUUAUAAGAUUUACUUCAAACUCAAAAAAAAAAAAAAAAAAAAAAAGCAAAUCCAAGUCUUGAAUGUUUUUUCUUUUCUUUUCCCUAAGACAAUAUGUAAAUGUUAAAUGUGUUGCCAUUAUCAAUAAUCUUAUAAUCUAGCGGUUGAACUAGAUUAGAUUUUUAGUAGGUCUUGAAGCCUCGUUGCGGAAAUGAAAACAAUGUAAGUGUGCUUUUUCUUAAUAAUGUUAUCUACAAAACAUUUUUUACA